CCAAACAACUGAAGAACUUUGCGUAUGUUCCACGGCAAAAUCGGCUCUAUCGACGCACUCUAUAAGAAACCAUCGGAAAAUAGACAUUCAUUGGCCUCGAAUGUUUUUUAAGGUUCCCUGGGUCCUAGAGCCGUAGUCCCGUAGUGCGGAUCUAGAAGCCCACGAGAAAGGGUAUCUCGAUUAUUUUUCGAUAUGGUUUAGUCGGUGUAGUUUCUAGCACGUUGUUUGUUGUUCAGUUGUUAUUUUUUGUUUUUUACUUUUUGUUGUAUUUUUGAUUUUUAAGAAGUUUCAUGGAGGCAGAACUGGAAAAUGGUAAAAGUUCCGAAGGCGGAAGUGCCAGCCAAGUAGGGUCAGAAGCGAGUUUCGGCCUUCGAAGGGGCAAAUGUAAAUGGUUCAAUGUGGCAAAAGGUUGGGGAUUCAUCACGCCAGAUGACGGAGGGCAAGACGUUUUCGUACAUCAGAGUGUUAUACAGAUGAACGGAUUUCGUUCCCUAGGGGAUGAAGAAGAGGUCGAAUUCGAAUGCCAAAUAUCAGACAAAGGACUUGAAGCUACAAAAGUCACAGGACCACAAAAUGUAGAUUGUAGAGGCUCUCACAGAAGACCUGUGUCGAAAAAACGGUUUAGAAAAAUACGAUGUUAUAACUGUGGAGAAUUCGCCAACCACAUCGCUGCCAAAUGUCAACUGGGUCCUCAACCAAAGCGUUGCCACAACUGCAAGAGCGAAGACCAUCUUAUCGCCGAUUGCCCGACGAAGGUGGAACGGCCGUCUAAGCCGGGGGGUGGCGCCGACGGUGACGCUUCUGGUGGCGAACAAAACGGAAAUGGCACUUCACCACCCGCGUCAACCUCAAACGAUGCCGGUGGCGCCACCUCGGAGCCGCCAGCGAAAGCCAAGCAAGGAAAGGAGUAGUUAAAACAGAGAACGUAGCCUAUUCUAAAUGUAUUGAAUGUACGUAGGAGAUAUGUUGGUCGCCAUUUUUAAUCCAAACUUAUUUUUUAUUUCUUUUUUCGGCACUACUGUUUAAAAUAUGGAGAUACAUAUUAAGGAAAUAUUUUUCUUAAUUGUUUCAAUUUUUGUUGCGAUUUAUUUUACUUAAUAUUCGUGAUUUGUGUGUAAUUUAUAUUUUUUCAAUUUAAAAAUGGUGGUAUAUUUCUCCUACUAGUUACCGUGUGUGUUCAGUUUUAUGGUGUUCCAACGUUAGGUGUCACUACAUACACAGUUUUCAAAAUAUUUCUAAUACUUGGUGUUUAAAAAAAUCAUGUAGGAAGUUCCAAAUUCCAACUAUUCUAAAACUUUUUGCUACCUACUUAGGUAUGAAUAUUUCUGGGCGAUAUUUGAGAGAUAGUAAAAUAAAAGUUGGGUAGAUUAGCUUAAUAUCUACACUCAGAUAAAUGUUUUAUUAGAGGGUGAUUGGAAUGUAAAUACUGCUGCUAGCCGUUCAGUAAUAAAAGUGACUUUCUAAAUACUAAACAGAACCGAAUCCUGAAGCUAAUGUUCAACUGAAACUUCUUCUUUUUGUGUAGACAUGACUCUGUUUUUAAUUUGCCUCCAGUAAGUUGUCUUUCCAUCGUUUUCGUGGUCUUCCCACUGAUCGUCUUUCUACACUCAGAUGCAAAAAAAACGCAACGGAGAAAAUUUUUCGUCAAAUUCAAAGUAUUUCAGUUUUUUUAUUUUUAGCCCUAUUUUGAUGAUUGUGUAAAAAUUUAUAAAUUUUAAUUUGGAAUAGUGAGUUUGUUAAUAAAUUUUGUAUUUGACUUAUUAUACGGGGUUAAUUGAAAGGUGAUAUUUUGUCUUAGCUUUGAAACAUUUUGUGGAAUAAUUCCGUAAGCGGAUUUUCGUAUAACCUUGUUUUUCGGUUGCAACCAUGCAGGGUUGGCAUAGAAUUUCCCCAUCUUAUAAAACCCAGCGGGUUUUUUCGGGUUUUUUCAAUUGAUAAAACCCACUAUUAUUGGGUUUUUUGGGGUUUUUUCAAAAAUAGCAAAUUUUCAGUUGAAUGAACGUCAUAUUUAUUUCUGAAUAAAAACAAAAACUAGCAUAAAUAUCAUGAAGUAAGUACCUAGUAGGUGAAUACAAAACGAGAGAAACUGAAACUAAACUAAUAAAACACUUAUUUUAAACAUGGUAUAUAGACAAAUAAAAAAAAUAAACAAGUUUCUUGUUAAACAAAGCAUCAGCAAAGCAUAUUAGUUAUCAGGAAAAUCAGAAUCUGUAUUUUUGUCACAUUCCCAAUUCCCAUUCGUUAUUCGUUAGACUCGGUCGAGGACGAGGACUCGGUUCUUAAAUGAUUAUAUAUAUUUUUACCAAGUUUGCAGCUCUAUCGGCACCUAAUCUGUUGCGAAGCUUAGUCCAUAUUAAUCCAUAUGAAGAAAAAAUCCGCUCAAUAGAUGCAGAUGAAGCUGGACAUGAGAACAAAGAUAACAUAUAAAUUCAAAAUUCAUAUGAUAUUUUAUUUGUUUUUUUUAUUUUUUAUUGAUGUCAGCUUCCACCAUUUCUUUGUUGAGAAUUUUUUGACAAGUUCUUCUUUGAAAAGUGGUGCGGGGAACAUAUCUGUAUCCUUAAUCUUGAAUGAUAACAUCACUGCCAAAAACUCAUCAGAAAGAUUCGAUGCAACCCAUUGUUCGACUGUUUCCUCUUCUUCCCCUGUAAGUCGUCUUCUCAUGUAUUUGUGAUCCAUAGUAUUUGCAAAAAGGUGAAAUGGUUGAAUGGCAAAGUCAUAUCUCUUUUUUAUUUCUUGUCUGUAUGACAGUAACAAAUCAUGGUCGAGGGCAUCUUUCCAUAUUUCUACUGCAUCAGAAAUGUUUACAGAAUCGCUUUGGAAUCUGUCUAGAGCUUUCACAAUAACGGCAAGUUGUUUUUGCAAAUACAGAGCCUCUCUAUAUAUGGCGACAUUAUCUAAUAUUUUGGAGAUAUUUUUAUCAAAUUCUUGCUCCUUCUCUGUCCUAAUUUCAACAUAUAUGUGAUAGUUGCUUAUGAAUUGCUGACAUUGUCAAGUUGCUUUAUUUUGUAAGCAUAUUUUUUAUUUUAUUAUUUUUGCAAUAAAAUUCAUAAUUUUUGUAAAACUUUUGAUAGAGCAUAAACUAUAUAUCAAAUCUAAAUAAAAAAACUGAAAAUCCCCAAAAAAACCCCGAAAAAACCCUAAAAAACCCAAUAAAAAACCCGUCGGGUUGGGCUUUAAAAAAAACCCGGGUUUUUUCCAACCCUGCAACCAUGCCUUCUAAGUAUUAUGUUUUUUGUUUCAUGAAAAUAUGGAUUGGUUCAUUUUUAGGAGCGAAAUGACUUUGCCAACCACAAUUUACGACUUUUUUACUAAUUUGUAAUACGACGAUGGGGGCUUGUGACGACAUGUACCACAGAUUGAGAACCGUUGCCAUAGAGUGUUUUCGAAGGGUUUUCAUCUCCGCUGUUUCGAGAGAUCUUUUUGUCCUCUCUGUGUCAAGUCAUGUGUCUGCCGCGUACGUCAUUAUUGGUCUGAUGACUGAUAUGCAAAUUCUUCCCAUUUCUUCUCCGAUAUUUUUAUUUCUCCAUAUUUUUUCAUUCAGACAUCCUACAGCUCUGUUUGCUCUAUUCACUUAUUUUUUCAUUUCUGUUUCGAGCUUUCCAUAGCUAGGUGGUGUGAUGCCUAGAUAUUUAAACUUCAUCACUUGUUCUAUUAUCUGACCCUCCAGCUCUAAUUUACAUCUUAGAAAAUUUGCUAUUAUAACCGUGUAUUUUGUCUUUUUUGGGGAAAUUAACAUGUUAACUUUUCAUGUAACUUAGAUUAUAUAGAUGUACGUAACUAAGAAGAUUACGCCCUGUAUUUCUCUUAACUAUAAUCGUGUAUCCUGUGUAGGAUCUAGAUCUAUUAAGACGUGCUUCACUACGUCUCUAUAUUGAAAGAUGAUCAGUAUUUACAAUUCAAAAACUCCAUUUUAAUAUUUUUCGAGUAUACCAACUAAAUAAAAAAUCAAAAGAUAUUAAAUUAGGUAUAAUACCUACCAUUUUACAUAAGACCCAAAAAUCUUUUGAACAUGAAUCGUAUAUUUCUGAUGGGAUUACCAUUAUAAAUAUCGUGAAUAUACGAAGUGCAAUCCAAUAACACCAUGGAGAUUACCAUUCAAGAUUUUCAUCUUGUGUGGUAAAGCAGAACUAUCGAAUUUACAUAUCGUGCUGUGAAAAAAUUUUGCUGAAGCAAAAAAGGCUUAAUUUCUUUCUUUGGUAAUAAUACGAGAAACAUUCUAAAAUAUAUGUAGGUUUUUCUACUUUUUAAGUAUCAAGAAUAAAUAAUUUUUUUAGGAAAUAUUUAGGUGUUUACAGGGAGUAACAAAAAGGCAGCUCAUAAAUUAAAUAACAUUCUGGGAUCACAAAUAGUUCGAUUGAGCCUACAUAACUUACCUUAGUGCAUAAAAAGUUCAAUCAAAAAUCUCUGAGAGUUUUCGAUAUAUUGGAAAAAUCAAUUUUCAUUUUGUAACUUCAAAGGGCUGUAACUUUUUUAUGUGCAUGUUUGUACUAAGGUAAAUUAGGUUCAAUCGAACUAUUUUUGGUCCGAGAAUAUGUGAAUUAAUUUAUGACCUGUUUUUUGUUACACCCUGUAUAGACCAGGAAGGAUCUGUUUUUAGGUGGAUGUGAGAGGUGGCAUUCGGAUUUUUGCGAAUAAAGUAAGGUGAUAACUUCGUUAAUAAUAAUUGACUCCUUCUCAAAUAUGCCCUGAACAUUAAUAAAAAAAAUAAAUUAUUUAAAAAUUUCAAAAAAUUUCGUUUUUUUUUCUACUUUCUUUGCUUAUAACUUUAAAACGAUUCAUUUUGGAACAAAGUCGUAUGGAAAUAAAACAAAGAUAAUUAAACUUUCUAUCAGCUACGAUUGGUUAAAAAUGUCUUAAUUUAACACCCUUGCUGCAAAAUAGCAAUAAAUAUAAAAUAAGGGGACAAAAUCCUGUCCUUAUUCAAUGGUUUUCCGUUACUUAGGUUACACUUGGAACCUUCCUAAUUCGCUUAGAAAAUUUUUGUAAUGUGCUAAAACCGUCCACCAAAUUUCAUUAAAAUUGACUUACUGGAUUUUGCAUAAUAAUUUUGCAAUCUAAACUUAAAAAAAAAAAUUAAAAUUUUUUAAAAUCUUGCACAACAAAAACUAGAACAUACAAAGAUUUGUCAAUUUUUUUACAUAUAAAGAAGCACUCCACCUAUCUAAUGCACUUUACAGAAUUGAAAUCGGAUUAUUUAAGCAGCCUCAGCAAUGUUUUAAAGUUAUAAACAAUUUUUUGGCUUAUAAACAAAUUAGUGCUGUGUCCAGGAGGGGGUGUCCUUGGGGUUACCCAAGUUUUUUUAUGUAUUUUGACCCGUAGAACACGAAUUUUUUGGGUAAAAGUUGAUCCGGAUGUCGAUAAGAUUGUUAUAAACAAAGAACUUGAGGAAUUACAUAACAUCGAUUAUUCGCAAAAUAAAACAUUUUUUUGUAUUUCUUGGGUAAUUCUAAGCAAAAAAUGUUCCUACAAGUUUUUUCGUAGGAUGCAUAGUUUUCGAGAUAAACGCGGUAGAACAUUCAAAAAAUCGAAAAAUUGCAAUUUUUGAACGAGAAUAACUUUUGAUUAAAAAAUAAAAUAGCAAUUCUGCUGACAGCAUUUGAAAAUUUAAGUCAAAUUAUACCGGUUUUAAUUAUUUGCAUUGCUAAAAAUAAAUUUUUUUAUUAUUAAACAAAGCUAUUUGUUUAUAAGCCAAAAUUUUUUUUGUAAUUUUAAACCUUAAACUUUAAACCUAAGGCCCCUUAAAUAACCCGAUUUUAAUUCUGUAAAGUGUAUUAGAUAGGUAGAGCACCUCUUUAUAUGUAAAAAAAUUAGUCAACUUCUAAAUGGUCUACUUUUUGUUCAGAAAGAUUUUAAAAAAUUUGAACCUUUUUGAAAACAUAUACAUUGCAAAUUAAUUAUGCAAAAUAUAUUAGGUCGAUUUUAAUGAAAUUUGGUAGACCAUUUAAGUAAGUUAUAAGAAUUUUCUAAGCGAAUUACUAAGGUUCUAAGUGCCACCAAAGUGUUUAAGAAACAUUGAAUAACAACAGACGUAUUUUGCCCUCUUAUUUUGUAUUUAUUGCUAUAUUGCAGAAAAGGUAAUACCUUAAGACAUUUUUGACCAGUCGUUUAUCAUACAAAAUUCAAUUACCUUUAUUUUAUUUCUGUACGACUUUGUUCCAAAACGAACCUUUUUAAAGUUAUAAGCAAAGAAAGCAGAAAAAAUAGAUGUUUUUCGAAAUUUUUAAAUAUUUUAAUUUUUUUAUUAAUGUUCCGGGCAUAUUUGAGAAGGAGCAUAAGUCAAUUAUUAUUACUGAAGGUGUCACCUAACUUUAUCUGCAAAAAUCCGAAUGCCACCUCUCACAUCCAAAAAUACACGUUUUUUUACAGAUUAGUCCUGGUCUAGUAGUAUAGCUAGUUUUAAACGCAGUGGCCAGAAUUUCUCGCAACAGUAGGGCCUUACCCACGGGCGCCCAUAUAAAAAUUUUUAGGUGGGGGGACAGACGUGAAGAUGUUGCACAUUAUAAUAUUAUGUAUACUUUGGAUAACUAUAUAUAGUUCAAAGCACCCGAAAAGAAAGGGAGGGGGCACGGCUCCCCCUACCUAUGGGUAUGGGCGCCCAUGGCCUAACCGAACGAAGCAGUUGUGUUCGAAAAAAUAGUUAUUUAUAAUAUUUGGCAAAUUAUUAAAGAUAUAUGUACAAAAUAGACACAAUGCAGAGUUACAAACCUUAUAAAGUAGAAUACCUACAAAUACUGUAAAUUUGUAAUUUUGGAAAAAAAAUGUAUAUUUUUUCAUAUGCCAUAUAACUUAAGAUUAGUUUUAAGGUUUGACGUAGUACGACACCAUCGUUUCUUAAGGCGCAAAUUCAAAAUUUGUACAAUCUUCUGGACAAGGUAAAAUAUUCUGGACGCUAUUUGUUAUUCUUAUUAUCAGUUUCUUAUACAAAUUAAAAUGACAGAUUGUAAUAUAACUUAACAACAGAUUUAACCUUAGUAUAUAGAAAAUCCAUAAGUCUAAAAACCAGUGAUAACACAUCAAGACCAAUUGAAAUACAACGAGGUGUCAGACAGGGUUGUGUGAUAUCACUGAUACGUCUACUCUGAGGUAACAUUUGCGAACGUUUUAUCGCACUCUUAGAAGGAAUCAGGAUAAAAGGUCAAAGAGUAAAUAACAUCCGCUAUGCAGAUGACACUGUUUUAAUACCAUACACCAUAGUCUCCAGAUACUGUUAAAUAGGGUUAAACCUUGAUUACACGUAACGAGUAUUGUAGCGAGACAGUGUUCACGGCCGAGUGCUCGUUUGGUAUCAACAUAUUAACGAGUACUUGGCCGAGCACUAGAUCCAAUCAUAUGGCGAGACAGUUACUCGGAUCUUGUUCUAUUUACUAGGCCGAGUCUUCGACCUCCCACCCUUCAAUCGAAUACUCGCCAAUCCACUCGGGAUGUGUAAACAACACUCGCAGUGUAAUUGUGCAUAUUACCACUGCAUUAGAGGAGACGACUUGUGUUAAUCAAUGUGAUUUGUGAUUCUCAAAAAUAGCUAACAAAUAGAAUUCAGAAAGGACAAUGAAGUUUAGUUCAAUUCUAUAGAUGCUUAGAUGCUCUAGAUUACACCCGUGCUUAUGAAAUUUCAAAUCUUUGGAGUAUAAAAAUAAACAAAAGCGUGAUGCAGCAUAUGUAUUGAUUGUAGAAGAAAUAAAUAUUGUUGGUUUUAAAACUCAAGAAGCCAAAUAAAAUAAAAAAUUUAAAUUUGACAUAUAGACAAGAAAUAAAAAAAUCAAUGAAUCGAAGAAAUCGGGAGCAGCGAGAUUUGGUCUUCUUAAAAUCCAUUAUCUAUAGUCCAAAGACGCUUAUCUCCUUCUCAUAAUAUAUCCGUAAAUUCGUGUAUAAGCAGUGGUAUAAGCCGUUUGAUAUAUUUUUAAUGUUAGCUUUACGAUCCAUAAGUACACUACUCCUUGUCUUUGUGAAUCGAAACUGAACUGACUCGCCUCCAAAUUCAAAAAUUUCCAAAUACGUAUAAACCAUCUCUCGCCCUCACCACUGUCUCGGCCUAGUAACAGUUUACUGUCUCGCCACUGUAUUCGUUACGUGUAAUCAAGCCAUUACUGAGAGUUGUCAAAAAAUGGGGAUGAAGAUCAAUACUGCGAAAACCAAAGUUAUGAAAAUAUACCUAAUGGAACAAAAAUUUACCCCUUCCAACAUAAUAUGUGAACCAUCAAAAGCUUGAAUACGUAAAUCAAUACAAAUAUCUUGCCUGGUGGUUCUAAAAUCAACUUGAUUAUAACCAAGAAGUAAGAACGAGAAAAGAAGUGGUCCGACAAGGCUUUAAAAAAAAUGAAAAGCUUCUUUUGUAACAGUAGCAUUACUAUCAGUCUCAGAUGUCGUUUUCUGUAUUGCUAUGUAUGGUCAAUACAUAAUAUGUCGUUUUCUGUAUUGCUAUGUAUGGUCAAUACUUUUGUAUCGAACGGAGGCCUGGACACUGAACAUAACACUGGUGAAUAAGUUAGAAGCCUUUAAACUCUGGCUAUACCUAGAAGAAUCUUGAAAAUACCUUGGACAACCCACACCACCAACGAAAAUGUUGUGAGUAGAAUAGGUUCAGAUAGGGGGCUGCUAAAGAUCGUAAAAGGUAGAAAAGUUAGUUACCUGGGACACGUAAUGAGAAAUGAAAAGUACCGGAAAGGAGACAGCACCGCAAGAAGAAGAAGACAUCAUUUAACUUUUUGGGAAAUUCUAAAAUUUAUUAAGCAGUAAAUGGAAAUGAUUCGGGACCUUAAAUUUCUAUUCCUUAAACCGGGAUAUUCCUAUAAUCGAAAUUGGUAAUAAUGGCUUAGAUAGUAAUGGUAGCCACUACAAAAUUUAGCUAUUAGACUUUGUUUUUAUUCGCUAUGAGCUUCGCUGGUAUCGCCACCUACCUAGCGGUUUACUAGUAUCACUUUCGCUGGAAAUUUAAACAGAAAAGUGUUGCCUAUCUUCUGUGAUCGAGUUUCGCUGGUAUCGCCACCUAGCUGAUGACUAGUACUGUUUCGGCCGGAAAUUUAAAGAGGAAAGGAGAAAAUCAAAAAAUACUAAUUUGUUUCAAACUUAUUAUUUAAUUCUUACCAUGUAAUAUUUACAACGUAACGAAGUAAUUGGAUUGUAAUCGAUAAUUAACACGUUGACGGACAGUGCGUCAAAUGUAUAAGCAAGUGUUGUGACCCUAUAUGUAUUUUGCAAAGUAGAAUAUAAUAGGGAAAAAUGCAAUGUCUAUAGACGUUGUGUCACAUUAUAUCAAUGGAAAUUAGACGUCUAUGGACGUUCUGUCCGUCAACGUGUUAAGAUCAGUAAGAACAGAAUUUAUUAUUCAUUAUCACUAUUUUUAAGAUUUUGCUUAUCGUUUUAAAGUUUAUAUUGACAGCUAAUAUUAGAAAACAUUUAUUCCGCAAAAAAGUAUAAUAAUUUUUAAUAUAAUUACAGUAUAAUACUUAGGUACUUAAAAAUUAAAUUAUGCACUUAUUGCACUUAAACAAAUAAUUAAGAGCGUAAACGUAAAAUUUCGAGAUACCGCUUUUUAAAUGUAUUAAUUUUUUUUUCGAAUCCUGAGAAAACUAAUAAGCAUUAUUGAAAAAUUUAAACACAGAAUGAAAGAUUACAUUAUUAUCGAGGGUCAAAAGUCCCUGAAAACUUACGUUUAUUUUAAUCGGUUACCGGGGUGAAAAAAAGAGAAAAUUUAGUGUGAUUUUUAAUUUCAAAUAUCUCAUUCAAAAGAAACUUUUUGUUUAUUCGAAGGAACUUUCAGCCCUCGCAAAUAAUGUAACUUCAUGCUUAGCGACAGGAAACCUGGAAUACACAGUUACUAUAUUUAUUGUAAGCAGUAUUUUGGCAAUUUUGAAUACAACAGCUUUCGUGAGCCAUUUCAUAAAAAUUAUAUGCAACUUUUAAUUCAGCAGAACGUCAAAUUUCCAACAAAAGUUCACUGACUUGUCACUACUGGCGCUCGCGAACUUUUAAUUAUUCCUUCUACCUAAGAGCUCAUAGCGGAUAGUCUGUUAACAGAAUCGCAAUUAAUUCACUUUAGGGUCAUAUAUUUGGCCCACGCCCCUUAAACAAUAACUAAUAUAUGUGAAACAGAAUUCAUACAGCUACAAAUUUGUAAAUCUAUCCGAUAAACGGUAGUGUUCACAAAAUUUUACCUUGCUGAAUAUUCGACAUCACAUAAGGUAGUUCUACAGCCCUAAAAGACCUAUUUUUAGAAGACCGUAUGUGAUCAAAAUUCUUAUUUAUUUCAUUUCUGGUUAUAUGUUUUAAAUUAUUUGUUUAUAUUUUUAUUGAAAUUAUGAAAACAUUAUUUAUUUUGGACGUAUUUUAUUGACAGUUUUUAUUUUCUAAUUUUAUGUAAAUUUUUUACUUUGACGGAGAUAUUUUUCGUAGAGUGAGGCUACACUGCAACAUUCUUUUCACAAUGGCGUCGACUACAAACGAAAAAUUAAGGGCACCUACGUUAAAUAAGAAAUACACCAUUUGUUUUUAGUCAUGUAUGUUCAACUUUUCGAAUUUAAUUUCUAGGUUUAAGUUUACCUGAACUACCCAAAGUAGCAGGACUGUAACGAUCUACCUCAUUUUUGUAAAGAUAUUAUUUUUACUGAUUACUUUUUAGGGAGUUAACCUUAGUAUAGGAUUUUUCUUAAUAAGUCCGUUUCAUGUCGUCGAUUAGCGGGUUUAAUUGUAUCUUAUCACGACUCUGCAGCGCUGUCAGCAGUGCCAAAAGUAGGAGAAUAUUGGAAAUUUGCACUUUUCCAAAAACAAAGUUUUGUUCAUUUCAGGUGACAGUGUACAACAAAAAUCAUUAUUAUAGAAAAAUAUUCUGAAAUUUCAGGUACUUCUUGCUUUUUCAUCUUUUGGAUGUCUAGAAUUUUUUAAUCCUCAUAUUUUCUUUGCUACCCUUUAAAACAUUUUUAAAAUUUUUUGUUGGUUUUUUAUACAAAUAAACAAAAUUUAUGAGCUAUAGCUAUAGACAAAAACAAAGAAAAAUAAUUAAAAUUAAAUUGUUUUAAUAUGACAUAGGUCACCCCUUGGCUUUUAUAUAUUAUGUAUUUAAAUAUAUUUUAAUGCGUUUUACAUAGAAUUAGCAAGUUUUUUAAAGUUGUGUCUGAUUAUGUUUUUGUGAAAAUAUACCUAACACAUGAAGUAUAAUAGAAUAUUACAUAGUGGUUAUAAAGUACCUAGUUUAUAGGUUAUACAUUCGUGGUCUGUACUAUACAAUAUACAAGAUAAAUAAAACGUCCUAUUAGAGGUAAAACUCACUAAGUGCACUUUUUUGAGAAUUUGACAUUUUCAUCAAUUUCAACUAAAUACGGUACUGCCCAGCCCUCGAGAACUCUAACCAUUCACCUGGGGCUCUAACCCUUCUAAUUGCUAAGAUAAUUUGUGGUACAAUUCACUAAGUGCAUUACUGUGAAUUUCGAUUUCAGAGCAAAACUCAUUAAACCGUAUUAUUGCACUUAGUGAAUUUUUCCUUACAAUCUGGAAUGCCGAAUCGGUACUUAAUGAUCUUUUAAACAAUACCUACAUUAGCUAACAAUCUAUUUUGUGAUUAAGCAGGCGACUUGUGUGUUACAUUGUAUUGUUGAAACUGUACAUUAUAUUUGUGUUCAUUAUCUGUUCAGUGAUUGAUUAAAAAAAUAUGAGCUUAAAUUUCUUUGUAACAGUGAUAGCUUAUAUAAAGGGUACCUAACAUAAUCUAUUUUGCGAUUAAGCAGGCGACUUUUGUGGCUGUCAUAAAUGCCGAAAGAAUUGCAUUUAUUUUCGAAGAACGAAACUUAUUGUUCAUUUUUUAAAUAAUAAGACUGUUAUUUCUGAUAGUUCGUUUGUUGUAAGUCAGCGAAAUUUUAUGGAGACAAAUUCAUUAACUUCUCAAUAUCCAAUAAUUGUGUUCAAGGAAAAACUCAUCAAGUACAAAGUGUAGUUAGUGAGUUUUACCUCUAAUAGGAUAUCAAUAUCCAAUAAUUGUGUUCAUGGAAAAACUCAUCAAGUACAAAAAUUUAUCGAAUAUUGAUUGUAUCAUAGUUCCUGUGACGAAAUAUGGCUUAAAAUAUUUGUUUUUAUUUAUUCAUUAAAGUUGCAUUACUUUCUUUCUUCCCUUCCUUAUACCCUUUCAGGUGUGGGAUAAAGUUGCAUUACAAAAAUUCCAAUAUUCGAGUCAGGUGAAUUUAAAAAAUAAUUUGUACUUUUAAAUCGAUUUUUCUCAACUUUCUGAAAAGUGUAGUUAGUGAGUUUUACCUCUAAUAGGACGAAAUAUACCAUAUACAAUAAGAUUCAAUAAACAAUACAGGUACAAUAAACAAAAAAAAAUGUUGUUCUGAAGCUAUUUCCUUGUGGUAUUUUUAUAAUUAACUAUUUUGAUUGGGAAUAUUUUAUAUUUUGACAACGACAUCCGAUUUGGGCGUCGAAACGUUAAUAAAAUUAGUUUUUCAAUUUAAUUAUGGCUUAUUUGGCGAAAGGAUUAUGAAACAAAAUCAGCUCUUCAGUUUUUUCACAGAAUUUUUUUAAGUUAAGAGAAAAUACCACGUUUCCAUUCAGCCCCGUAUAAUGCCAUCUAAGCAAUUUUUUUGUUACUGGAAUAAUAACCAACAAUAUCAAUACGUUUACCUACAAACUGAUGCAAGAAUCUUGAAAAUCAAUUGAAUACAAAUAAUAAUAAAGGUAUAAAUUAUCAAACUUAAUCAAAAAUUUUUAGUAGCGGAAUUUUGUUAUUGAUUGUGUGAGACGGACUUAGUAGGAAAAAUAAAAAAAUAACAAAGUUCCAUUUUUUCUAACGUGUACCUGAAAUGUGGAGUGGACCAUUUCGUACAAGAAAUUUUUGAAAUAAGCUAAUAACUAUUAAAUAUUUAGUUGUUUUCAAAAUAUAGUUUUUAUACGAUUACUUAAUCAAUCGGAAAUACCAGAAUCAUGCUACAAAAUGUACAAAUUUGUAAUAAACUGGCUAUUAAACAUGCAGUGUAUCUCACAUCUCGUCAGUUUGGUGUUGUAGGACAUAAUAAUAAAGACUUUUUAUUCAUUUGGUAUGUAAAACAAAUAAGCAUAUAGUUACAGCACAUUGAAGAAUAUAGAACAAAAGCAAAAAAGUUAAACCCUAUUGGGAUAACAUCUGGCGAAGUCUAGCUAAAGCUACUCUUACUUAACUAAAUGUUAAUCAACGACAUUUGACAGAAGAAUUUUUUUCGAUUUGUUUAUAAUUACACAUACUUAUAAUUCGUCUACUAAUUGAUUCCAUUAUACACAAUAAAAUUGUCAAUUGUCUUCAUUUUCUUUAUUAACUUGCGUUAAGUAUAUCGGCAAUAAAUUACAUUCGAUGCCCAGCCAAUGAGAAUGAGAAGCAAGUUCCUUUACAAACGUCCGUAUCCAUGUUAUACUUUUUUCAAUUUUGGACCCCAUCGAAUACCUGUAAAGAAGAUUAGCUCGAAACGAUUCUUGGGUAUACUGAUGAUUAUGAUGAUUCAUGAAUUAGACUGCCAUGAAACUCAAUCAUAGUAUUCCCUUCUCAUGGCUCAUUACUGCACCAUAAAAGGUAUUGGCCUCGAUGUAUAGUGCUAACCUAGCACUAUUUGUUUUAAAUUGCAAUAGCUCUAGAUUUUCAGUUGAAGUUACACUGUAUGUUUAAUUGUAAUAAGUGUGUAAGUUUAUAAAAUAAUAUAUAGAUUCCUACAAUGUUCCUACUUCAUGCAUCUAUUCUGGUAACGAUAUUUCAAGUGUCUAUAAAAUUAGAGAACCUAGUACAAUUUUUUCAAAUAAAAGUCUUUACCUUCUAGGUUUGACCACGAUAGGUAUAUAAAUGAAAAGCAGGAUCUGUGGCAAAUGUUCAUCCUAGUACUACGUGUGAAGGGCGCUUACUAGUACUAUGUAAGAUACUAGGAAUAAAGCAGGAUAAGCACCUCCAUGAACAUUUUCACCUUCAGCCAAAGACCAGGGUAAUAGACUCAUUACAUUAUUGGCAAAAGAUUGACGCAAUAAUUAAUCACCUUUUGCCAGGAGAUACCUUGUGGUAUCCCCUGGCGUUUCCCCACCGUUCUAUAUCUGCGAUGGAACUUAUACAUAGGUAUGGUCUACUAUGUUUCUAUUACAAUCAUACCUAGUAAGUAAAGAUUUUUAUACAUAUUUCGUUAUUGUGCAAAAAUGUAAUACUAGGUUAUUUUUAGUACUUAUCAUUACAAUAGUUUAAAACGCUUUUAAGUUGAUACAUUUGAAAACUUAUGUUAGUUUGGAAUGACAGCUUUAUUACCUCUUCGGUUGUAUUUAUAUAGACUUAAAUUUAUAACAAUAGACUGAUUUUUCCUCAGGGAUGUGUAUAUGUUUAAGGGAGCAGGUUAGUUUUGGAUUUUUUCCACUGGCCCCACAUCGUAGUUCCUCAGGGAUAUACAACAAUGUCUACCAAACCAAAUACAAACUUUUAUUAUUCCAAAUGUACGUAAUAUAGGGUAGUUUGCAAA